UAAUUUGUAGUCUUGACUUUUCAGUGGAAGUUACACGUGAGAGUAAUAUCUUGGGUUGUUUGUGUGGAGACAUUUGUUGAGUUUUAUUUCAACCUAUAAAUAAUUAUGGAAACAACCACAAGUAAGCAAAAGAAAAGAAAAUUAGAAGAAACAGCCGAAUCUCUAGAAACAUUUACACGUGAACAAUUGAUAAACAGAGUGGGGCAACUUGAGAAACAUGUCGAUCAGCUGAGAAACAUUAUCAGCAAAAAUACACAAGAAACAAAUUUAUCCAAAAAAGCCAAUAAAAAGCAGAGACCAUUUGACUUUAAGCGUUUUAACACUAGACAUGUAGCUCUUCGAAUAGCUUAUCUUGGUUGGGACUAUCAGGGUUUUGUAGUCCAGGAAGACACAGAAAAAACUGUUGAACAUUAUUUGUUUGAUGCACUUUUGAGAUCCAGAUUAAUUGAGUCCAGGGAGACUUCCAACUAUCAUAGAUGUGGACGAACUGAUAAAGGAGUCAGUGCCUUUGGACAGGUCAUUUCUAUAGAUCUUCGAAGUAAUCUAUUAACAGGAAUAGGUGUCAAAGUUCGUGAAGAUGGCACAGCUGACCUUCGCGAUGGUGAUAAAGAAACAGAGAUUAGAUAUGCCUACAUUUUAAAUAAACUUUUGCCCCCAGAAAUAAGGGUUUUAGCAUGGACCCCUGUUAUGGAAUCAUUCAGUGCACGUUUUAGUUGCAAUCAAAGAACUUAUAAAUAUUAUUUUCCAAAGGGUGAUUUAGAUACAACUCUGAUGUUAGAUGCUAGUAAAAAAUUAAUUGGAAAGCACGAUUUUCGUAAUUUCUGUAAAAUGGAUGUGAAUAACGGUGUUGUAAAAUAUGACCGCAAAAUAAUAUCCACAGAUAUUAGAAUAUUAGAUUCUAAUGAAAAUGGUUAUCAAAUGUGUGAAUUUACAGUUGUGGGCCAAGCUUUUCUAUGGCAUCAAAUUCGAUGUAUUGUGGCCAUCUUGUUUUAUAUUGGUCAAGGAAAGGAAGAUCCAAGAAUUAUAGAUGACUUGCUUGAUAUUGAUAAACAUCCCAGAAAACCUCAAUAUACAAUGGCUUCUGAUCUUCCUUUAGUUUUAUAUGAUUGUCAAUUUGACGAUCUGGAAUGGAUUUAUGAAGUCGAUGUGCACAAUUAUAACCUCUGUCACCUUCAACAACUCUGGGCACAAUAUUCAAUUAAAGCUACGACUAUCAAAAGUAUGUUAGAUUCUUUGACUAGACAAAAUACUGUGCCGUUACCCACUGUAGAACAUGAUGAUGUAAAAGCUGGAAUUAAAGAACAUGUAUUAAUGCAGUCUUCUUGGAUAACAGAAGCAAAACAGCCUAAAAUUCACCAACCAUUACUUUCUCGACAGACUUGUGAAAGUUUGGAAGAAAAAAUUGAAAGUGUUAGUAAAAGAAAAAACAGAACUCUAACCAACAGUGUUGUUAGUAUUUAAAUUGAAAUAAUCUUUUGAAUGAGUGAAAAAUAAACAUUUUUUUUCAAA